AUGUCGGCCUCUGAGACUUCUUCGUCACCCGACCCCCAGGUGAGGGAUGGCUCGUCUGCCCAACAUGCAGAGACAGCUUUAUCCGGACCCCCAGUACAAACACAGGAAGACUCUUCGAAAUCAGACACCGGCUUGGUAGACACUGUGAAAUCAGACAGUGCAGAAGGACAGGCAUUUCGCGACAUACCCUCGAACCCCGACGCAGAAAGCUCGAUAAACACUACCCAUGCUCAUACACCAGCUGAGAUGCAACCACUUGCGGGGCACAUGGAGAGACUGUCUGUCUCGGGGGAUACACCAGCAGAAUCACCGUCAAGUACAAAUACACCUCCUCCUCCUCCACCCCCCGCAAAAGACAACGUUUACGCAAACACAACUUCCACCCCUGCGCCAACGCUACCGCCUAUUGAUACCAACACGAAUCCCAUUUCCGACAAAGAGCUCCCAGAAGUGCCGAGUGAUAACGAUCGAGAGUUGAAACAAGGCCAACAAACCGAAGGCGGACGGGAGGAUAAUGAUUCACAGCCCGAAAUUCAAAACAUUAUGGGACAGUUUCAGGACCCCGCGCGGAGUACCGACCAAAUGGAGAUCAUGUCUCCACGGCUCGAGCUGGCGGAGCAGUUUCGCGGAGGCCCAGCUUACUUCCCACCCCGGAAAGCAAGUUUGGACCACGUAGAAUCUACCGAGUCUACAACAACUCCAGUCCCUGCGCCUGCGGGGGAUCAGCCUGGACCCAUCCCCCACAACCCCGAGUCCCCAGUAUCGAACCGGCGAUCAUCUACGUCAACAGUCCCACCCCUCCCAGAACCAGAGUCAGAACAGCCAUUUGAUUUCCAUCGGUUCCUAGAACAACUGCGUCACCGCACUGCCGACCCUGUCGCGAAGUUCUUGCGCUCAUUCCUUCACGAGUUUGGGAAAAAACAGUGGAUGGUUCACGAGCAAGUGAAGAUCAUUAGUGACUUCCUGACAUUUAUAACCAAUAAAAUGGUCAUGUGCGAGGUCUGGCGCGAUGCGUCUGAUAGCGAGUUCGACAAUGCCAAAGAAGGUAUGGAGAAACUGGUCAUGAAUCGACUAUAUUCUCAGACCUUCGCGCCGGCGAUCCCAGCCCCACCAACAAUACCCCGAAGUGCAAGCCGAAGCCGACGAAGGGAGCUCGAGAGGCUUCAUGGGCCAUGGCGCCGUGGCCAACACCAAGAAGACAUUGAACGGGAUGAUAUCUUAGCGCAAAAGAUUCGUAUCUACAGCUGGAUCAACGAAGGACAUCUUGAUAUUCCACCCGUCAGCGGCGGUGGGCGUCGGUUUUUGAACCUGGCCCAACAAGAAAUUUCAAAGAUCAAUAACUAUCGAGCCCCUCGGGACAAGGUCAUCUGUAUUCUGAAUUGCUGCAAGGUCAUUUUUGGUUUGCUGAAGAACACCAAAAAGGCCGACACAUCGGCAGACUCUUUCAUCCCGCUGUUGAUCUACGUAGUGCUUCAUGCAAACCCAGAUCAUCUCGUCUCCAACAUCCAAUACAUCCUUCGAUUCCGCAACCAGGACAAGCUUUGCGGAGAGGCUGGGUACUACAUUUCAUCCUUGUCCGGAGCGAUCACAUUUAUUGAGUCCUUAGACCGCACCAGUCUGACUGUCAGCGACGAGGAAUUUGAGCGCAACGUUGAGGCUGCUGUAUCUGCCAUUGCCGAACAAAAUCGCGAAUCCGAAACAUUCGAAGAAACCCCCUCCACCCAACCCCCCUCAUCCCAUCCGCAAGCUGGGCCAAGUCGCCAACAAACCUCGCAGUCCAGUGACGAGGACAGUUCCGCCCCGGUAGCAGGACUACUACGCACUAUCCAAAGACCACUGACUACUAUCGGACGCAUCUUCUCUGAUGAGCCCGACUCGGGCUCCGCUGCCCCUCCGGACCGCCUGCACCCCAUCGCAACACCCCAACCCGGCGUCGCUCCUCGCCUUUCCCCGAAUGUUUACCAGCCCCCUCGCGCAAGUAGUGAGGAGGGCCGCCGCUCCGGAGACGAGCGCUCCCACUCUGCCCAUCGAAGUGCCACUUCUGCGCAGAAUAAUCUCAGCCGUGUCCUUGAUGCUCAAGAUGCCGCCGCACGACAGGCAAGUGCUGAAGAUGCCGAGGCACGUCGGAUCCAGCGUUCUGAGCACAGGAAUGUGGUAGAGACGUUGUCGAAUAUGUUCCCCAACCUUGACCGAGAUGUCAUCGACGAUGUCGUGAAAAUAAAACAGGGAAGGUGA